AAUUACUCCACCAAAAGUGUGGCGGCAUCCUCUGCCUGCGCGGUGAGCAAAAGCGCUUCGGCAGAAAACGCGGAAGAGGGAAGCAGGGAAAAGCAGCAAGAACCCACUAAGAGCCUUUGCGCAAUAUGCCUUGAGCCGCUCGGCGGCGGCGGCACAAUUGACGGCGGCGGUAGCAGCAGCAGCAGCAAAUCGACGAUUUUCACGGCCGAAUGCUCGCACUCAUUCCAUUUCCUAUGCAUCGCAUCGAACAUUCGGCACGGCAACGUCACGUGUCCGAUCUGCCGUGCCCAGUGGUCCCAGCUUCCUCGUGACCUCAGAGUGCUGCCCGCAUCGCACCACCACCGGUCCGACCCCGUCCUCCGCAUCCUCGACGACUCCAUCGCCACCUCCCGGGUCAACCGUCGCUCCUUCGUCCGCACCACCCGAUACAACGACGACGAGCCCAUCGAUCCCGCUUCCACCGUGGAGCCCGUCCACCCUUCUCUCCAAUUUGCCCUAAUGCCGGCCCUCAUCCCCGUGCCGGUCCCGACUAGCCCUAAUCCUCUCGGGCAUUACGCUUGCGGUCAUGUAAUGCCAUUGCAUCAUGAAGUUCACUUCACUAGCUUAUCUUUGAUAGCUCCGCAACCGAGUACCUCGCCCUACGGGCAAACAAGGGCUUACCUCUCGAUAAGGCUCGCCCCUCAACGGGCUACCGACCUCGUCCUAGUGGCGAGUCCCAACGGACCGCAUAUUAGGCUUCUUAAGCAAGCCAUGGCGCUCGUCGUAUUCUCGAUGCGUGCGAUCGAUCGGUUGGCCGUCGUGACAUACUCCACCACCGCCACCCGUGCCUUUCCUCUGAGGCGGAUGUCGCCGCACGCGAAGCGGAUGGCUCUGCAAGUCAUCGACCGCCUCUCCUACUUCAACGGAGCCGACCCGAUCGAGGGGCUCCAGAAAGCAUCGAGAAUUCUCGAGGACCGCACGCACCGCAACCCGAUCUCGUGCAUUCUCCAGUUGUCGGAUAGCCCCGUGCGAGCCCAUCUAGACGGAGGAGGCCUCGAUGCUCCUAUCCCCAUCCAUCGGUUUCAUGUCGGGUUCGGAUUCGGGACGUCGAACGGGUUCGUGAUGUAUGAGUUCGAGGAGUUCUUGGCGAGAUUGCUCGGGGGAGUGGUAAGAGAGACCCAAUUGAGGAUAGGGGAGCAUGGUGGGGUGGUGAGGUUGGGGGAGUUGAGGGGCGGGGAGGAGAGGAGGAUACCAUUGGAUCUAUUGGGUGAUUGUGGACUCAUCAACGUCGGUUAUAGCUAUGUCGAGGGGGGCGAAGGGGAUCAAUAUAGGAGUGGUGAAGUAGUAGUCGAGUUAGGCGAGAAGAGCGCGGGAAAUGGUAGUGACAUCGGAGGGUUUGAGGUCGGAGACAGGGAUCUAGGGUUCGGCGGAGCGCGAAGGAGUUGUGUCGACCGGUGGGACUACGUCGACCCCUUCAUGGCUCGACGGUGGGCGAAGCACUUGCAUGGCUACAAAGCAUGAGGAAGAGGAAUUAAUGAUUCGCGAGAACCAAAACAACCUCGGCCGAUGAUCGACGAUCGACGAUCGACGAGGCGAAAACAAGGAAUCCAAAGGGGGGAUAGAACAUCAACAUCUUGUGAUAAAAGAGUUUGCUUUGGUUUGGACUUGGUUGAUAUUCUUCUUAAUUUGUUCUUCAUGUUGCUCCUGAUUUUUCUUUUCUUUCAAUUUUAGUUUUACUUUAUUUUUUUUCCAUGACUUUGUGUGUGAGUGUCUCUUUAAAUCCAUGUAUGUGAGUAGUGGAUUAAUUACAUGUGUGAUUAAUGGGUUAUAUCAAUUUAUUCUACUUACUUUUUUUU